AUGCCCGAAAUGAUCAAAUCGCCAGCUGACAUCAAAACCGCACCUUUUGAUCCACGGUUCCCUAACCAGAACCAGACAAGGCACUGCUACCAGAGCUACCUGGACUUCCACCGAUGCCAGAAGGUCCGUGGAGAGCAAUACGAGCCAUGCUUCUACUUCAAGAGGGUAUACAAGUCCUUGUGCCCCAAUGAGUGGGUAGAAAAGUGGGACGAUCAACGUUCCUCUGGCACCUUCCCCGGCAGAAUA